AUGAUGAGGGCGCGCCACGAGGCCGAGUCCAAGGCGGCCGACGCCGCGCUGGUGGCGAGGCUCGCGACGGCGACGACGGGGGACGGCGACCGCAUCCCCCGCGCCCGCGAGGUCGGCCAGAGCGCAGGCUUGUCCUCUCGGCCGGGGCGGCACAACGGCGCGGGCAGCAGCCAGACGGAGCCGGUGGAGGGGUGCGUGGAGGGGCUGGUGCUGCUGGCGCGCGACCUUUCGCCGGCGGACGGGCCCCUCGGCGCGUGCAACCCGUUCGCGGAGGUCAAGCUCGGUCCGCACGCUGUCCGCUCCGACACGCUGUACGACACGACGGAGCCGCAGUGGGGCCGCGCUUGGGAGCUGUGGGGCGGCGCGAGCAGCCGCAGCUGCUCGCACUUAUUCGGCGGCUUCCACGCCGCGGCGGCCGUCCUCACCGUCCGCGUCUGCUCGGAGCGGCGCAACGGCGGCGAGGACGCGCUCGGCGUCGCCGAGGUGGACACGAGCCGUCUGCUGCUCGGCGGCGUGCGCGACUUGUGGCUGCCGCUGACGGGAGUCGCCAACGGCGCGGUCCGCGUGCGCAUCGCGCCGUACUCGGCGUCGAUCGCGCCCCUCGGGCCGCUGCCGCCCGGCAUGACGGCGGAUCUGCUCCUCGACGACGGCUCGCGCCGCGCCGUGCGCUCGGAGAGCGUCGACAAGGAGCGAGACACGCCGGGCGCGGCCAACGGGCGCGCGAUGCCGCAGCGGGUGUUCCAGAGCCUCGCGAGCGGACGCGGCGAGGACGGCGAGAGGCCGAGCAAGACGGCGCGCGAGCGGGCGAUGACCUCGAUGCCAGCGCGGCAGAUGGCCGGCGAGGACCACGUGCUGACCUUGCGCGGCUCCACGGUGCACAAUGCGAGGACGCUGGGGCUAGGGACGCAGCCCGACCCUCGACUGUAA